UUAGCAACAGGCGGGGAAUAGGAAAAUCCAAGCCAUGUGUGGAUAUGUCUGUCCUUCGAUAUUUGUCUGUUCUGAAGUCUAAAAGUGCAAUGUCUGGAUUUAACUUCGGGACGGGAACCCUCGGUUCCACCAACGCUGGAGGAGGAUUUGCAUUUGGAGCCGCAACCAGUGCACCCGCGGGCAGUACUGGUGGCUUCUCGUUUGGUAAUGCUUUGGCUGCCGCCCCUACCUCAACGACCAGUACUUCCAGUCUCUUUGGUCAGAAACCUUCUGGAGGGUUUUCAUUCAGCACGCCUGCCCCAGGUGCUGCAGCUGCUCCCACUCUUGGACUAACAUUAGGGGCCCCUGCUUCUACAACAGCCUCAACUGGCUUCAGCAUAGCCUUCAACAAACCAACUGGCUCAGCUGCCCCGUUCUCCCUCACCGCUGCUACCACCACUUCUGCAUCUGUCCCCACUGGGGCAGGUUUGACAUUCGGCUCUGUCUUGACAUCGACGGCACCACAGCAGCCCACAGCAGCAGGCUUCACGCUUGCCCUCAGCGGCACGACAACUACAGCAGCUGUUGCAACGGUUCCUUCACUGGGCACAGGUCUCUUUUCCAGUACCGUGGCUACAGGUUUGGGUCAAUCCACUCUUGGAGGAGGGGGUUUAACAUUAGGUUCUUUAUUAAGCACUUCAACAGCAGCGACGGCAGCCCCGGCUCCCAGUAUUGGUUUGGGCGGAGUUGACUUCAGUACCUCCUCUGAGAAGAAGAGUGAUGCUUCAUCUGGAACCACUGCACAGGACAGUAAAGCUUUAAAGGAUGACAACCUGCCUCCAGUUAUUUGUCAAGAUGUUGAGAACUUCCAAAAGUUUGUCAAAGAGCAGAAACAGGUUCAGGAAGACAUCAGCAGGAUGUCAUCUAAGGCAAUUUCCAAAGUCCAGGAUGACAUCAAGACUCUCAAGCAACUUCUCUCGAUCAGUGCCAGUGGUCUGCAGCGUCAGGCUCUGGCCAUUGACAAGUUAAAGCUGGAGACUGCACAGGAGCUGAAAAAUGCUGACAUAGCGCUACGUACACAAAAAACACCCCCAGGACUUCAGCAUGAAAACACUGCUCCGUCAGAUUAUUUCCGCUGCCUGGUAGAACAGUUUGAAGUGCAACUGCAGCAGUACAGACAGCAGAUCGAAGAGCUGGAGAAUCACCUAACCACACAGAGUAGUGGCUCUCACAUCACCCCUCAAGACCUGACCAUGGCCAUGCAGAAGUUGUACCAGACGUUUGUUGCCCAGGCUGCCCAACUCCAGUCUGUCCAUGAGAAUGUAAAGAUCUUGAAACACCAGUACCUCUCCUACCGCCGGGCAUUUUUGGAGGACUCAACUGAUGUCUUUGAGUCCAAACGGGAGUCGAACAGGAAGUGGCAGAGCACGCCGCGAGUGACAACUGGUCCGGCUCCGUUCUCAAGUGUGCCAAAUGCUGCAGCAGUUGCCAUGGCAGCCACACUGACCCAGCAACAGCAGCCAACUCCAGGGAACCAGGCACCCUUGGGAGGAGGGUUUGGCAACCCCUUUGCCACGGCAGUGGGCACUAGUUUGGGCUCAACCACUUUGGGAGGUUUUGGUGCAAGGCCAGGAUUUGGUGGGGUGGGGACUGGGGGUACUUCUUUUGCCUUCUCCACCACUAAGCCCACAGGAGGCAGUCUGAGUGCAGGUUUUGGCGGUAGUAACACCUCUGGCUUUAACUUCAGCAACCCUGGCAUUAACCCCUCAGCCGGACUUACCUUUGGCGUGUCCAACCCGCCUGCUGCCGGCUUCGGCACCGGGGCACCCCUGCUGCAGCUCAAGAAGCCCCCUGCUGGUAAUAAACGGGGCAAAAGAUAGAAGGAAGAAAAGACCCAAAGAACAAAGAAGCUUGUGAUUGAGCAUUUUUCAAGUUUGGGUGUUGUUACUUUCUUUUUUCUUUUCAUUUUUUUUAGCCUACUUUCCCAAAAGCAUACAAUCACUGGACAAACUUUCGGGAUGCUGGUCUGGGAUUUCCUGUCCAUUAUUGUUCGCUCCCUUCCAUUCCAUUUGAUUAUAGCCUACCAGGUCAUCAGGCUAAUAGGUGUGCUUGAUACCAAAUAUGCUGCACAUUUGUAAUCACAAGAACAUCUGGUUAAUUAUUUAUAUGAAGAUUUGUCUGUUAUCAAGGACCAAAACCAUUUUAGACAUUGCCUUUAAGUGUUCUAUGUGAACUUACACCCCUUUGGUUUUGGUAUGCUCCGGCUGUCUCACCUUGACAAAUUUUAGACAAACAUUGAUAACUUUGCCCCAAAGUUCCGUCCAGAAAAUUGAGUUAGGGUUUAUAGAAACAGUCCUAAUAGUUGGCCACCUAAAAGUCUGGACUGGCAUAUUUUUAUUUUUAUAACAGAAGGAUAUAACAUAAAGGAUGAAAGGCAUGAUAGUGAGUCUUGGUAACUUUUUUUUUUUUUGCUUCGACAUACCAAUUUGUCAUUUCAGUUAUGUGCUUGGCUGUGUAUUCCAAGAUCAUUCAAAUGUUUUAGAUUAACUGUACCAAGAUGUCAUACUAAACUUUAGUCCCAAAAUGGACUGCUAAUGUGCAUGCAUCCACUUGAAUUGUUUUUCUUUCUUUUUUUUUUGUCAACGAUUACUGGUUGUUGUACUUUUAUUUUAUAAUCACUAUCUGUACAACUAUUUUCAAAAAGUUGUUUGAUAAACUUUCAUAUAUGAUGUGCCUGUUUAUGGCAUCACUUCAAUAAAUGUUUCCUAGAAUCAUGAA